CUUCAUUCUUGAGAUGUUCGAGAACAGGACCGGCUUAGUACGUCAUGCCUCUAAGUGUUGAUCACGUUUCGUCUAAUUUUUCAGUCUUGACUGAUUUUAAAUCAGAGAAGUUCAACUGUUCUCAUCAACUAAUACGGUAUAAAUCAACAUGACAGACAACACAUAGCAUAUUCUCGUGAGCAAUUGAAUAUAAAGAUUGAAUUUGAAUCAUUAACUACCUCGGAUCACUGCUAUUCUUUCCGUGCUGUUGUAACAUUAAUAUUACCGAGUAUAUCGCAAGCUGUCGCUAACUCGAGCCCAGGAGAACCCCCCAAGCAACGUCGAGAUCAUCCUACCCUAGAGAGCCUUUGGGGACUUUUCCCGGGGCCUUACCCUCAUAUAGAAGAGUGUACCAGCCCUAAAACACCGGCAAUUCAUUCAAACAUUAUUAACCCCUCAUCCUACCUUACCGCAUUCCGGUAGUAUAUAUGGCAAAAAUAGCCAUGCGGAUAGAUGGCAGUCUGUCUGCUUUUCCCACGUGGCUAAAGUAGAGAUACUUUUACCCUUUCCCUUACGACUCUGCAUUGUUGUGCUCUCUGCUCCGCUGCGUGUGGUGAUCAGGUUAUUUGUUCGACAUACGGAACACGCGUCUUGUACAGCUACCGUUGCCGUUGUAAGCCAAGAUGCCUUCUCUCGAGACAGACGGCUCAAAUGGGCAAUCCGCCUUUCAAUUCUACAACAUCAUCGACGGAAAGCUCCGCACCUCUAAGGAUCAUCACCAGGUCAUCGAUCCCCGCACGGAAGAGCCUCUCUGGGACGCCCCUAUCGCGUCGACGAAGGACCUGGACGAUGCCGUCGAGGCGGCUAACCGGGCUUUCAAGACGUGGAAGAAGAGCACCGUGGCCGAGCGUCAGAAGGCCGUUCACGAUGUGGCCAACGUCAUCCUCGAGAACCUGGAUAUCUUAACCGAGGUCCAGAUGAAGGAAACUGGAAAGUCUAGGCUCAUGUCGAAAUUCGACGUUCAGAGGGCAGCAUGGCAUUUCGAGUAUUAUAAAAGCGUAACCCUCGAAGAUGAGCUCCAGUACGAAGACGACACAAUCCGGAUCAUAGCAACCCACGCGCCCAUCGGCGUGCUCGGCGCCAUCUCCCCCUGGAACUUCCCCCUGAUCCUAUCAACAGUCAAGAUCGUCUCCGCGCUCGCCACCGGCAACUGCUGCAUCAUCAAGCCGUCCCCCUUCACGCCGUACUCGCUGCUCAAGUUCUGCGAGCUGGCGCAGUCGGUCCUCCCCCCGGGCGUCUUCCAAGCCGUCAACGGCGGCGCCGAUCUCGGCGAGCAGAUGACGCUGCACGCCGGGAUUCACCACAUCAGCUUCACGGGCACCAUCGCCGUCGGCCAGCGCAUCCUACGCAACUGCGCCGGCACCCUGAAGAAGGUGAUCCUCGAGCUCGCCGGCAACAACGCGUGCAUUGUGUGCGACGACGUCGACCUCGACGCCGUCGUGCCCCAGGUCGCUAGCGGCGCCCUGUUCCACGCCGGCCAGGUGUGCGUCGCGUCCAAGCGCAUCUACGUCCACGAGUCCCUGUACGACCGCUUCCUCGAGAGGCUCGUCGAGGAGUCCAAGAAAUUCGCCGUCGACGACGACGAGUCCGUCGCUUUUGGCCCGCUGUCGAACCGCGCUAAUUACGAGCGUGCGGUGGGCAUUAUCGAGGACUGCAAGAAGAACGGGUAUAAGAUCGUUACGGGCGGCGAGGUCCGGCCGGCUGAGAAAGGGUUCUGGCUGCCUCCCACUAUUGUCUCGAAACCACCCGAAGACUCCCUGAUCGUGAGGGAGGAGCAAUUCGCCCCCAUCGUCCCCGUAAUGUCCUGGUCCUCAGAAGAUGACGUGAUCGCCCGCGCAAACCUAGACAACGCGGGCCUAGGCGCAUCAGUAUACACGCCCGACCUCGACCGCGCGCAGCGCAUCGCGCGACAGCUCGAGUCGGGAACCGUGUGGAUCAACCAGUUCGAGCGGCCGCACCACGCCGGUUUCUUCGGCGGCUGGAAGCUUAGCGGGUUUGGUGGAGAGCUGGGAAAGCAGGGUCUGCUGCAUUAUUGCCAUACGCAGAGCUUGCAGAUCGCUAAGUAGGCGGUUCGUAGAGGGGAGUAAGUAGGUGAUCUUUACUUGAGAGUGAGGAAUGGGGAGAGGAAGAAGAUUAUUUUGUUGUGUAUAGAGCGGGCUAGAUUUUAUGUAAAUAUUUGUGAUGUGGUGUACUAUGCUAUGUAGAUAUAUAUGCAUAUACAUAUACAUACCUAUAUAUAAAUUAUUCGCGAUUACGGAUAUUAGUGGCG